CGCGUAUUUUGCCCUUAUGACGAAUGAUACGAUUACAAAGUGAAAUGAACUGUUUGUUUAUGUUAUUUACUGCAGAAGAGAGAUAGUUAUUGCGCCGUUGUGAAGCAUUUAUCUGUGUAUUCGUCGUUUUUAAGAUACUUUGUUGUGACAAUGGCACCUUAAUCUCAGUUGUUUACAAAAUACCGUGAGGCUUAUACUGGCGACUUAUGGUUGAAGUUUCAAAUCCGUAGUUAUUUAUUUGUUGAUUGACGUGCGAUGUUAUCUUUAAAAUCGACAUUACUUGAGACCUAAAAAUGCUAAGAAUACUUCUCAGUGUAAACUGCUCCAAAUGCAUCUUUUGUUCUUUAGCUGUUAAACUACAAAAUGAUCUAGAAAUCAGGACGUUUUCAACAAUCCAAAUAUGAAGAUUUAUGUCACACGUAAGGAAAUCCGCGCUUCUAAAUGCUACAGUAUUGGAAACUGGCAGUAUUUACUGUUUAAUUAUGGUGGUGUAUUAUCAUAAAGUAACGCGUUAGGAGUAGAAGGAAAGCACCAGAAAUGCUGCUCAAUAAGUGAACGUUUUGCCUCUCACAAAUUGUUCGAAAUACUUAAAGAACAACUAGUUAGCGGAAUAUUCCUGCUGUCUGUGCUUUCAAAAACUGGUGAAAGGCAACAUGGAGGAAGAAAAAUUGUUGAAGAAAAAGAGGAAAGCUCUUUCUGGAGAUAACCUGGAAUUAGUGGCAAAUAUUUGCCAAAGGCUUGCGCAGCUGUAUUUCCGUGAUGGGAGGUAUGAGGAGGCAUUAGAACAGUAUAAGGAGGAAGAAAGGCUUUACUCUGUGCUGGAAAAACCUAUCGAGGUGGCUGUGGCACAUCGCAUGAUAGGAGAAGUAUAUGGCAACAUGGGAGAAUAUGAAAAGGCACUAGAACACCAAAAUAAACAUCUGGAAAUGGCAAAAGAUCUAAAUGAUCAGAUUGAAGAACAGCGAGCAUUAGCCACUAUUGGUCGGACUUUCUUCUGUAUGGCUGAAAGCAUAUCAGACAAAGAUAACUCAGAUUAUGCAAGGUAUUUGGCUGAAGCAAAGAAGGCUUAUCUUCGAAGUCUCAAUGUGUGUGAAAAGCUUAAAAGUGUCAGCAAAACUGAAGUGAUGCUGAUGAGAAGCAGAUUGUUGCUGAACUUGGGCCUUGUUCUUGAGUGUCAGGAAGAUGUGACAAAGGGUAUUGAAUACAUAGAAAAGGCCAUUGCCAUCAACAAACAGAAUGAUUUGUAUGAAGACUUGUACCGUUGUUAUUGUUCAUUGGCAUCACUUCUAGUUCGUCAGAAUAACCGAUCAAGAGCCCUCACAUUACUUAAUCUGGCUCUUGAUAUUGCUGAUCGUUUACCAGACAAAGCAUUGCUCAGCUGUGAUGCACUUCUUUCUAAAGCUGAGGUUUACUUCAGUCAAAGUGAUUUUCAAGCAGCAAAACAGACUUUGGUGAAAGCUUACAAAAUGCAUUCUCCUAAUGAAAGUGAUCAAAAGAAUGUUGAGCGGUUGUUGAAAAUAGCAAUUGCUUUGUGCCGGACAGAAGAAAAACUUCGUGUAUUAGAAGAAACUGAUUUUGUAAACAGAAAGAAAUUGUAUGAGAUAAUGGGUGAUGGAUCAGUAGCAGUGAAAAACUUCGAUGGGGCACUAAUCUAUUAUCAGAAGAUGUUGCAGUGUGCUGAAGCAAUAGGAGAUACAGAAGCAAGUAUUGCAGCAAUUUAUGUGUCUUUAUCACAGACAUAUAAAGAUAAAAAGGAAUAUGACAAGGCACUGGAGUUCAGUCACAAGGAGCUACAGUUGUGGCAUUCUAACCCUGCAGAGGCAUGUAAAACCACACUUACAAUUGCCCAGUUAAUGGAACUGAAGAAAAGUCCACUAUCAGAAGUGCAAAACGUAUAUGAGAAAGCUCGUGCACUUGCUGUGCUUGCAAAUGACAAGAAAUUGGAGGCUACAGUUUUGCGAAGCUUGUAUUAUGUACAAAAAGCAGGAGGAUGCAAUAAUUUAGCAGAGAUCACCAAGAAAGAGCUGGAAUUGACUGGUUACACGGAAGAGAGUGAAACAUCAGAUACUGAAGAGAAUGAAACCCCAGACAUUGGCGAUGAUGUAUCCUUGACAGACUUAUCAGAAUCAGAAAAUGAAGAAUUUGAUAGAUCCCGAGUUACGAGAAAACGGUCAGUCGGUUUGAAGGUGCGUAGAAAUGAGAAAGGGGAGACACAAUUGCAUACUGCUUGCAUUGCUGGAAACAAAGCUCUUGUUAAGAAACUUCUUGAGCAGGGUCAUCCUGUGAAUGUUCGGGAUCACUGUGGCUGGUUGCCUUUACACGAAGCAGCCAAUCUUGGUUUCCCUGAGAUUGUAGAGAUGUUGUUGGAUCAUGGUGCAGCGAUUAAUGACAGAGGAGGAGCACUUUGUGGUGGGAUUACACCUUUGCAUGAUGCAGCUUUGUGCGGAAAUCUCUCAACUGUCCAAGUAUUGCUGAACCGUGGCGCAUGUGUUGUCACACGUACAAAUGAGGGGAAGACCCCAUUGGACUGCCUUCUGGAGUGGUAUUCACAAAGUGGUGGCCUGGAGGCAGAUGAUCAGAUUCUUUUUGAAGCCAUUGAAAGACAGCUGAGAAAUGCUUUGGAAAGAGCAGGGCAGAGUUCUGUCAGUACUGGAGAAUUACCGAGAAAAAUACAAAAAAGAGACACACCAGAGGCUAAGCGCAGAAAGAAAGCAGAAGGAAAUAGACCCAAGAAGGCAAAGAGACAUGAAUCUGGCUUGCGGCGGCAUCUCGAGGACUCCAGCCCUGAACGAAGCAGACGACUACGUAGUUUGAGUCCUGUCAGUGAUAGAAGUGGUUCACCUAUUGUAUCUUCAUCAGCUGAUGUGACAGGAGUUGAUAGCACUUACUCAGCUCCAUUUGGUGAUAAAGAAGUCUCCUCAUCAUGUAUUGCAGUUUCUGAUAGUGAUUCUGAUGGGGCUCAAGCAAGAGAGGAAUAUCAACGAGCCAUUGCUAGUCUUCGUACUCGGACAGCCCAACACACAUCAUCUUCGUCAGUAGACAGAGAGAAUAAUGUAACAAACGAAACUGGAUUUCUAUCAGUUAGUGAUGUUGGAGAAGACUGGCUGGAAGAUGAUCUUGGGAUUGAAAAACGCCCCACCAAACGAAAGAGAACAGAAGCUGAAAAAUCUGGGCUAAUUGGAUCUGCUGGAAGACAAAGAAUGGUUGCUGAUAAUGUGCACUCAUCAGAUAUCUCUCCACAAAUAGCAUACCCGAACUCAUCAUUGAACUUGAAUGAAUAUUACCUAAAUCCUAGCACAGAUGAUGACUAUAACAUUGAAGAUGCAUCACAACCUUGUUCUUCAAAUGAAAGGUGGAAACGCCAGCAACCUCACAAAGGUCGAUCGUCUCAACUGGAUGUUAGUACCAGUCACAGUGGUGAAAUUUCAUCAUCUCAGCGUUUGCUACCAUCCACUUCUCAAGCCUCAGUGGCACAUGCUAUAAGAGUGUGUGUUGAGGAUAAGAAGUUUCUUAUCCCAGUUCCAGAUGCCAGUCUCAGUAUAGGAUGGCUGGAGCAAGAAACAGCACGUCGCUACUAUAGUUUAGAAGGCUUGCGACCAACACUCACUCUUCAAACCAGUGAUGGAGCAUUGCUAGCUGAAGAUGACCCGAUUUCUCUCAUAACUGGUAACAAUGAAUUGAUAGCAUCUGUUGUGUCAUGGAACCUACCACCAUUGACAGAAAGAUAUGUGGAAGCUGCUGCUAGUUUGCAGUCAGUUGCAGAUGCUCAUGUUCUUCAGGUGCUGGAAAUGUGCCAAGCAACACAGUGCCUACAGCUUGCAGAUCUUGCACUGACUUCAGUAUCCCUGUCUCCAGUUUUCCAGGCACUUCGCUAUCAAAAUACCCUCUCGCUGAAUUUGUCAGGGAACAGUCUGGGUGAUGAUGGAAUGAAGCUCUUGGCUGCAUGUAUAUUAACAAUGCCUCAACUGAAGAAGUUGGACAUCAGCUGCAAUAAUAUUUCGGCUGCUGGUCUCUCCCAUUUGAGCAGCUCAUUUUCAGCAAACAAAUCGCUGCCAUUGCAGGGCCUCCAUCGAUUGAAUCUGAGCUGCAAUCCCUUGGGACAGGAGGCUGUGAAGCACCUUCAAGUGAUAUUCACAUCAUUAUCUAGCUUAACUUCCCUGAAUCUUCAUGCUUGCUCACUUACUAGCGGACCUGAAAAUAUGCAUCAAUGCCUUGAGUUACUUGAAGAACUGGAUGUAAGUUUUAAUUGUCUUGGUCUCGAAGGAGCUCGAGACUUCCUGAAACAAAUAUCUGCAGUAAAAAUAAAAGAACUUAAUUUGGGUAGCACACAGUCAGGAUGUGAAGAUGGCUGUAGUACGAUUGCCCGGGAUUUAGCUAUCUUUCUGGCUGGUGCAGGUUGUGAGCCUGAGAAUUUGGAAAGCUUGGACCUCUCCAACUGUAACUUAAAGGAUACAGAUAUAUGGGAACUACUUAGGCCAUUACAAAAAGCAACAAACCUCAAGCGACUCCGUCUGCAAGGCAACACAGCUCUCACAUCUGUUUCACUACGACGGCUUUUGCAGUUGUGCAUUCAACAAAUUGACCUUUCAGGCUGUAAUUCUGUGUUACUGCACUUAAGUGGCACCUCACCAUUGUCAUGGCUUCCACCUGUGAGUUAUUCAAGAGAAAUAAUUUUGUCAGCAGAUCUGAGUACUGUUGAUUGGGGUGCACAGUGCAGCAUCCGCAAAGCUCCAGGAGGACUAUUGUUCAUAACCUCAAAUGCAUAAUUUGUUUUAUUCAUUAUGAAUUAAAAUUUUGAAACCCACUAUUUUUUACCAGAUAGAUUAUAAGGCAUAUACAUCAAUCACAUAGUUAUUGCAACACAUAAUAAGUCAGUAUCCUCCAGUCAAUUAUAUUGUUGUUUACAACAGGUGUAUUGUAUGUUCGCUCGAGUUACCACAAUAUUGUUUGAUAUGAAUUUUAUAGCAGUGAUGGCUGCUUGCUUGUUUUAAUUGUAAACAAUUUUAUCUUUUGUCAAUAAAAUUUUUCAGGGUAUAUGACCACAUUGUCAGUACAUAAAAUUCUCCAAUGUUGUAAAUGGCCUUCCUCAAGCAAAUCAUCCUGAGGAAUUUUAUGUAUUGACAGAGGGAUCACAUACACUGAAA